UCUGGAGGUGGCGGUGGGCGGUCAUCCCCAGCUGUCCGUGGGAGGAGAAGAGGUGCCACGUGCGCGUUUCGGUGGUACCGUAUCGCGCGAGCAAACGUGAUUACCUGACAGGUCGCUCCGCGUAGCGCUUGGGAGAUUUUCAUCUCAGGUUUCGUGAGGGGCUCCUUCAGGUGACAGACACCAUGGCCUUGAGCUCCUUUGACAUCGAUGCUCCGCGGUGGGAUCAGUCCACGUUUAUGGGGCGGCUGAAGCACUUCUUCAACAUCACCGACUGCAGAACCGCGCUGCUCUCCGACUCACGGCUGGAUGAAGCCAAGGCGUUAGUAGAAACCUGCAGGGCGGGAUCCGUUCCUCCAGGCACCUCAGAGGAGCAGCUCUACUACGCGAAGAAGCUGUACGAUUCGGCCUUCCACCCAGACACGGGAGACCGCAUGAACCUGAUCGGACGCAUGUCCUUCCAGGUUCCCGGAGGCAUGGCCAUCACGGGCUUCAUGCUGCAGUUCUACAGGACCGUUCCUGCCGUGGUGUUCUGGCAGUGGGUCAAUCAGUCCUUCAACGCUCUGGUCAACUACACCAACCGCAACGCUGCCUCGCCAAUUUCUCCAAAGCAGAUCGGAGUGGCUUACGUUACAGCAACCAGCACAGCUUUAGCAACAGCAGUGGGACUCAACCUUUACACUAAGAAAGCUCCUCCUCUUGUGGCUCGCUGGGUCCCCUUUGUCGCUGUGGCAGCAGCCAACUGUGUCAACAUUCCCAUGAUGAGGCAACAGGAAAUUCUGAACGGGAUCGCCGUCACGGAUGAAAACGGCAACAAACUGGGCCAAUCGAAGAAAGCAGCGGUAAAAGGCAUCACUCAGGUGGUCGUCUCCCGGGUCACCAUGGCCGCACCAGGAAUGAUCAUCCUGCCCAUCAUCAUGCAGCGGCUGGAGAAGUACAAGUUCAUGCAGAGAAUCACGUUUCUUCACGGACCAAUUCAGGUCAUGUUGGUGGGAGUCUUUCUGAUCUUCAUGGUGCCGGCUGCCUGCUCCCUGUUCCCUCAGAGAUGCACCAUGGCCGUGUCGAAGCUGGAGCCCGAGCUCAGAGACUCCAUCGUGUCUCAAUACGGCGAUAAAGUCCAACUAGUUUACUUCAACAAAGGCCUCUGAGGCCCAGAGGGCUGCGUAGUGUUUUCACUGUGACACACAGCAUGGGGUGCUUCAGUCAGUGCUUUUACAAAGCUUGCCAUGGUUCUUAUUAUUAUUCUAAAAUUCAUUUCUAGGUAUUUAAUUUUCAGAAUCUGCUCCCCGUCAGUCUCCUUCACCUUCUCUUUUUCAUUAAUCUCACCUCUGCAGAGACGACAGCUGUUCAGGUUGCUCUGGGCUUCUUUUCUGAAAGCAAACGAUCUCCACUCAGGAACACAGCGUUACUUUGCCUCUGUAGCCGUUUUACAGUGGCUCUUUGUUGUAAAACGAGCCAUCGUUGUUCAGAACCUCCCUACAGUCUGUGCCUUUGACAGAGAAACAGGAGCAACACUGCUAAACUUUGUUUUGUUUAUUGGUUAAAUAGUAUUUGCUUCUCCAUGGAACCCUAAAAUGCCUUUAUGAACACAUUGCGUCUUAAAAAGUCCCUCAUUCUAGUGGAAGCUACUGCCCUCUUGUGUCAGAAAGGAGGCAAGCUGGAAAUUAAAUGUUUCAUUUGAAAUGGUUGCCAACCUGACGGCAUGACUGUGUAAACUUGAACCUCAGCAUGACUUGAAAUAAAACCACACAGUUUUAAAACUGA